AUGGCCUCCCGCCCAACCGUUAGCGUUCGCGCCGCCACUGGCGAGGCGUCUUCUUCCCUCACUCUCCCUGCCGUGCUUACGGCUCCCAUCCGUUUGGAUGUAGUCCAACAAGUUCACAAGAGCAUCGCCAAAAACAAGCGCCAGGCUUACUCCGUCGCUGAAAACGCUGGCCACCAAACUUCUGCCGAGUCCUGGGGUACCGGUCGUGCCGUUGCCCGUAUCCCCCGUGUUGGUGGUGGAGGAACUCAUCGCUCUGGCCAGGCCGCUUUCGGUAACAUGUGCCGUGGAGGUCGCAUGUUUGCUCCUACCAAGACCUGGCGCAAGUGGCACGUCAAGGUCAACCAAAACCAACGCCGUUUCGCAGUUGUUUCCGCCCUCGCUGCCUCGGCUCUUCCUUCCCUUGUUCUUGCCCGUGGUCACCGCAUUGAGGGCAUCGAGGAAGUUCCCCUUGUCGUUUCUUCUGGCGUCGAGGAGUACACCAAGACUAAGGAGGCUGUGACCCUCCUGAAGGCUCUCAACGCCUACUCCGAUGUCACCAAGGUCUCCAACUCUCGUAAACUCCGUGCCGGUAAGGGCAAACUCCGCAACCGCCGUCACCGCCAGCGCCGUGGUCCUCUUAUCGUCUACAACGAGGACAAGGGCAUCGUUCGUGCCUUCAGGAACUUGCCUGGUGUUGAGGUCGCCAACGUCCGCCGCUUGAACUUGCUCCAGCUUGCUCCUGGCGGUCACCUUGGCCGUUUCGUUAUCUGGACUGAGGGUGCUUUCAACCUCCUUGAUGAGGUCUUUGGUACCUUUGACAAGGCCUCUGUCUACAAGAAGGACUACUACCUCCCUACUGCCAAGAUUACCAACCCCGAUGUCACUCGCAUCAUCAACUCUGAUGAAGUUCAGUCCGUCGUUCGUCCUUCGCAGGGCAAGAAGCAGCGCCGCCCAUGGACUCAGCACAAGAAUCCCCUCGUCAACAAGGGUGUACUCUUCAAGCUCAACCCCUACGCCAAGAAGCUUCGUCGCCAGGAGCUCCUCAAGCAAAACAAGAAGAAGGAUGGCUCAGUCAAGGGCAAGAAGGCUACCAAGGCUGCCGGCGAGAUCUUCCUUACCACUCUCCUUGCUCCUUAA